AUGGAGGCGGUGGCGGCGGCCCCGGCCCCGGGCGGCGGCCCCGGUACCCUGCUGCUCUGCCUGGCCCUCGCCUCCGGCUUGGCAUUCUUCAGCUGCGUGAGCGCCGACGCCAACGUCACCGCCGGGCAUGGCACGGAGGGGCUCACCUGCGACACGGCCAAGGGGUGCACAGGGAACGGGACGCAGCUGCGGCGGCAGGGCCACUUCUCCCGGUGCCCGGAGGAGUACAAGCACUACUGUGUCAAGGGGAGGUGCCGCUUCCUCGUGGCCGAGCAGGCGCCGGCCUGUGUGUGUGAGCGAGGCUACACCGGGGCUCGCUGCGAGAGGGUGGAUCUGUUCUACCUGCGAGGGGACCAGGGCCAGAUCGUUAUCAUCUCCCUGAUCGCCGCCAUCGUCACCCUCAUCAUCCUCAUCGUCGGCAUCUGCCUCUGCAGUCACCACUGUCGGAGGCAGCGUAGGAAGAGAAAGGCAGAAGAGAUGGAGACGCUGAACAAGGACUCACCUUCCCGAAGCGAGGCCGUGCGGGAGACGGGCAUCGCAUGAAGGAGCUCCCGGUACCUGCGGGCGGGUCCCGGGCGGCAGCACCGGCUGGCUCGAUGGGCGAAGGCUAAAACCGCACGGGCGGCUCGAAUAAAAGGGGUGUCGGAAAGGUG